AUGCCCGUGCAACCCGUUGUCUUGGCGUCCCGACGGACAAUUUUGUUGGGUUCUCUUUCGCGGUACGAGAAGUUUUUGGAGGAUUUCGUUCCUGAACGGGAUCAAGCAGAGGUGGAAAUACGUGUAAAAAGGUUCGAGAGGCUAUGCCUUGAUCUAGAAAGUGUUCAGCAAGGUUUAGAAGAUUCUGCUGCCAAUGCAGAAGAAAUAGCGCAAAAUGCUGCUCUAAGGGAGAAUUGCGAGGAUAGGCUGAUCUACGUACAAUCGCAGUUACAGAUUAAGUUACCAUCAGUUCCGAUCCCUCAAACGAGCACCGGAUUGAAUCCGUUAAAGGGCAUCAAACUACCCACUAUUGCACUGCCCGAAUUCACGGGAGAUUAUAUGCAAUGGUUGACAUUCCGCGAUACCUUUGAGUGCCUGAUACACGCAAACUUAAAUUUGCCGGCAAUACAAAAGUUCCAUUAUUUGCGCGCCGCGGUUAAAGGUGAAGCGGCUCAAGUGAUAGAAUCUAUCACCAUAAGUGCAGCUAAUUAUGAGUUAGCAUGGAACACGCUAACCGAGCGAUACUCAAACGAGUAUUUGCUGCGAAAACGCCAUUUGCAAGCAAUGUUUGCCAUUCCUGCUGCCCAGAAGGAAAGCGUUUUAACACUGCACCAUCUUGUGGACGAAUUUUUAGCGGCAUAA